GCCCAAAGUUCUUCUAUAACUAAUCUGAACCUGCGAUUCCUCGGCUUUCACAACCCCUUUCCCCUCUGAGAAGCAGGGACCUUGCGUGAGGGACCAUGGAGCACGGCAGCAGCCGCUUGGAGGACUUCCCUCUCAAUGUGUUUUCGGUCACCCCUUACACACCCAGUACCGCUGACAUCCAGGUGUCCGACGACGACAAGGCGGGGGCCACCUUACUCUUCUCAGGCAUCUUUCUGGGACUAGUGGGGAUCACGUUCACCGUCAUGGGCUGGAUCAAAUACCAAGGCGUCUCCCAUUUUGAGUGGACCCAGCUCCUUGGGCCCAUCCUGCUGUCAGUCGGGGUGACGUUCGUCCUCAUUGCUGUGUGCAAAUUCAAAAUGCUCUCUUGCCAGUUGUGCAAAGAAAGUGAGGAAAGGGUCCUGGACUCGGAACAGACAUCAGGAGGACAAUCCUUUGUUUUCACCGGCAUCAACCAACCCAUCACCUUCCACGGGGCCACUGUGGUGCAGUAUAUCCCUCCUCCUUACAGUACUCAUGAGCCGAUGGGGAUGAACACCUCCUACCUGCAGCCUGUGGUGAACCCCUGUGGUCUCAUACCCUCUGGAGGAGCAACUGCCACCAUGCCAAGUCCCCCUCAGUACUACACCAUCUACCCUCAAGACAAUGCUGCGUUUGUGCAGGGCGCGGACUGUCCUUCUUUCAUGGAUGGCGGAGAUGACAGACGCAGCCCUGACGCUGACCAGCUAGAAGACACACAGCUGGAAGGGGACAGUGCUCGCUUCUCACCUCCGCCCUAUGAGGAAAUAUACAUCCUCCCCCGCUAGAGGCUAGACUAUCAUGCUAAGGGAAUGAGUAUUUGAAUUAUUGUGACCUGACAACUGGCAUGUUCUGUGCUGUGACCUUCAGAAAUUAGGCAGCAGUGCAGCCAGGCAGCCUGACAUUCAAGGUGGGAAGUUAAAUGUUUCAGGCUGGUAAAGAUUACAGUGGCCCAGGAAAGUUCCCCUUUAGUACAGCUUCAAAUCCUCUCAGGUGAGCACCUCUCUGUGUAAGAUCCCCAAGGAUUUCACCUGCUCCCCUCCCCCUUUCACUCUGCAAAGGCAUUGGUGUCUCAGUUUUAACUCCAGCAGCCAAGGGAAAAAUCACUGCUUCUGAGAUAAUCACUGCUUCUCAGGGAGCUUCCACAGCAGUGCGAGUGGGGUGGGAAGGGAGCAGGGGAGAGAAAAGAGGUUCAACUAAAGAUUUCCCAGUGCUUGUCCUGGGCCCCAAAGUGGACUUGUAUAUCCCAAUCAACCCAGUUGCCUUCUGGUUUCCCUUGAGGACUCUGAAUAUGUUAAAGGCUGAAAAACAGAUGCAUAAAUACAGUAAAAUAAGAUAAAAUAAUGUCUCCUGUUGGAAUAGUGUUGGAGAACUGGCCAAACCAUAUGGAUGAAAUGAUAAUGAGAUAAUGAUGUGAAUAAAUCUGUAGGUUAUCCCUGA